UCCAAUAAUACAUGAAUUUACUUUACUUAAGACAGCCGAACUUGGCGUGGCAGCCCCGUUCCUCAAAAACCAUAUACUAUUCGAUACAAGUACAAAAACCAUCGGCUGUAUCCUCAGAAGGUAGACUCUUUUUGGUUAGUAAACGUAGUCCGGUUAUUAGGUUGGACGUCACAAGUAGAGUGUAAACGCGCCGUCUGACUACUUUGUGUUGAUUGUCCACAAGGUUGGCCUGCAGUGACAGUCAUGGCGUCGUUUACGUUUGUCGUUGGGUUGGUGGUGCUAUUUGGACUGUAUUCUUACGGUGAAUCAGUCAUGUGCUACCAGUGUGAAGAUUUGGAGGGAGGCAAGUGUGGUAAAAUCUUUACAGCGUCCGCUACUGCCACAAAAGUGAACUGCUCUGUUUCUUGUAAGAAAUCACAUGGAGGUAUAGGCGCAGGCGGAUUUGCAAUUGUCGGAUACAAAAGAGAAUGCGGAAACUCCACGACUUUUACGUGUAGAGGGGGCUCCGUUGGUAGUAUCCAGGGGUCAGGGGGUGCAUUUGGCGAAGAAUGCUACUGUAAUACCGACUACUGUAAUGGCGCUACGUCACAGUUCAUGAACCCAGGACCGCUGCUUCUUUUGGCUGUAACAUCAAUAAUGAAUGCUGUUUUUCUGCCCCACCUUCCUCACUUGAUGAACUAACCUUCACAAUGGGUUGCGGCCAGUCGUAAAGUUUCUUUAUUCAAUGACCUACAUGGAAUGUUGUCUGC